UUUUAUGAAACAUAUAUAUUUCAGGGCUGUUUGUCGAUAGAUAGGAAGUUUGAAAAUCUGAAGGUUGUGUCUCAUUUUCAACUUGGUGCCUAAUCAGAACGGAAAAGCUGCAAUAUUAGUACUUAUUUAUAAAGGCCAGAUGUCUGAAGCGCUUGAAAAUUUGCAGAAAGGAGACGAGAUUCCUGCAUUUGAUGAUGAUGAUGAAUAUGAAAAAGAGCUUUGGUUACAACAUCCAGAAGACCUUGACAUUGACAAAUUUAACAGAGGGCGAAAUUUUUUCAAGAAGAAUAUCAGCAAGUGUCUAAUCGCAAUGAUGAUGUCAUUAAUUUGCGGACUAAGCAUAAAUAGGUUUUUGAAAGUUCUUGUGUGCACUGGAAUGACAUCAUCACCAUUUUCCUCCUUUAAACGCUACAUGGGUACAACGAUGCACGUCUUGAAAUGGCAUUAUGGGAAUGUAUGGGAUCCGCUAUCCUCUGCUUCUAAGUCCAUCCGCUCGGUGCGGAAACUGCACUCAGACGCGAGAACUCUUAUGCAAGAAAAUGACCAUUCUUCAGAUGAAGUAAAUAAUUGUACCUUUGCUAGAAAGGAAGAUAAAAGUGAUCAUCAUAUUUACAUUUCACAAUAUGAGAUGGGGUUAGUCCAAAGUGGUUUCAUGGGUAGUAUUAUAAUGUAUCCGGAUAAGUUUGGAAUCCGUUGUUCUAACGGCGAUCUUGACGAUUAUGUUUACUUUUGGCGAUGGAUUGGAUAUCUGUUAGGGAUAGACAAUAAGUAUAAUAUAUGCAUUGAUGGUUAUGAGAAAGCCAACAUGAUAUGUCACGCUAUUGAACAGAAUAUUCUUAUUCCUUCCCUUUACAAUCCACCAGUGCACUUUUAUCCAAUGGCUGAUGCGUUUGUAAGUGGAUUUAAAUUCUACCCGUUGGCGAGUACUAAAAGUAUUAUUGCUACAGGGUUUCGCUUAGUCAAUUAUAAAUGUCCUUUUCCAAUUAAUUAUGCAGAUACAUUAAGAAUUUAUUUCGCGCGAAGUAUUUUAGUACUCCUGUACUAUUUUCCGUCAUUUACUCGCUGUCUUAAUAGAGGUAUAGAAAAGAUGUAUAAAUGUGAUCGAAUCACGUAGGUGUUUCCUUCACAUAUCAUAUGGUUUAUUCUCUUCUAAUUUUAUUUAUUUAAUUAAAACAGAUGUGAUA